AAACUGAUAAGAUCGUGGUAGCGAGAAAAUAAAAAUUGAAUGAUUCAAAAAAAGUUCUUAUUUUUUCCGGGAAAGUAAAACUCAACUUGGAAUAGAAAAAAUUUCUGAUUUUGCCUCAAUUAUAAAAAAUAAAAUAACCCUUUUAUCGUUUCCAAUUAAUGGUGGCAUUAAAUGUUGUUUUCCAUGGCUGGGAAUUUUUUUUUUCGGGUUUGGUUGGUAAUUAAAUGUUAAACCAAAGGGCAAUAAAGAAGAAAGAGAGAUUGUGUACUCUUUUAGUUAUAUCUCUCUGUGCUCAAAUUUAUUGCAGAGACAGUGAUUUUUAAUUGACCUUUGAACAUCCUUCUUACAUGUUUUGAAGAUUUUAUUUUUUAAAAGCCAAAAAGCAGCUGGCUUUAUCUUCUCAAAGGUUAAAAGUUAAUGGCGGAAGAAGGUUGAGUCUCUGUACCUGGUGAUCAAAUUGGUUUUUUCGACUGGUGCUUGAAGACUUAGCUCUGGUGUAUUGACGAAUCCUUCUCUUUAUGCAAGAUUUAUUCAUUGAAAACGAUGAGAGCAGAUAAUGAUCACGUGGUUGGAAACUCGACAGAGAGUUGCAAAGAUGAGUCUAAGCCUCAUCAAUGCCCUGAAGAGAUUUGGGAAGAUGCAGAGUUAAAGAUCCCGGAAAAUGGGAAGAACAAUAACAAUGUGUGCGAGUUGUUCUAUGAUACAAGAAGCGGUGACGAAUGGGAUAAAGAGAAUGAUGGAAAUACUUUGGAACGCCAUUCUUGUGGAGACUCUAAUGAGGCCGUAAAGAAAAUUCCAGAUAACAGUCAUGAUGUUGCUGCUAAGAGGGAUUCUCUUGAGAAACUUGAUCCGGUGUUUUAUAUGGACAAGAAUGUAACGGCCUGUGACUUGCCUGAGAUUGUAGUUUGUUACAAGGAGAAUACUUAUCAUGUCGUGAAGGAUAUAUGUGUCGAUGAAGGUGUUCCGGUCCAGGAGAAGUUCUUGUUCGGCGAGAAGGAUUCUGUGAAAUGUAGCUCAAACUCAAACAAGUGUGAGUCAGAGGAUUUGAUGGAAGCAGACAAAGCAAGUUCGAAUCUCUUGGAAAGCAAGUCCUUGGAAGACAGAAACAGUAAGCUUGAUGAUUCUGAGCUUUGUAAUGGUACUAAGACAAACCGUGAUGUGGAAGAAUCUUCAAGAGAAGAAUUUGCUGAUGCUGAAGGUUCUAGCAAUUGCAAUCAAGAGCAUUUGACUGUGACAAGAGAAGCCAAGGACUCGCCUACUCACGGGGUAAAUCAUUCUGAAAUUUCUCAUGAAAUUGAAUCUGAUGAGAAUUCGAAGAAGCACGAAGUGGCUACAUCGGAGAAUGUCGUAAGUGAAUGUUGUUUGACUUUGGGAGAUAUUCUAUCAAGGGAAGAUGAACAAAAACACCUCAACAACAACAACAGUAGCAAUAGACGUGAAGAACACUCUCCACCUCUGCUUCAGGAGAUGGAAAAAAGAAGCUUAGAAACCACACCUCUCGAAACAGAGGAGCCAAAACAAGCAGAGGAGAAGCUUUCCUCUGUUUCUACAACAACCUCUCAAGAACCAAACAAAACUUGCAAUGACCCUGAAAGGCCUGAAACCGAGAAUCAACAACAACCAAAGUUGAGAGUGGAAGACUCUUACGAAGACGACAAACUUUUCUCGAGCGGAUUUGGAGAGACGAGUUUCUCUGCAUCAGAGCCAGUUUCAAUUUCAGGUCAUAUAACAUACUCAGGACCAAUUGCAUUCUCUGGAAGCCUCUCCGUUCGUUCUGAUGCAAGCACAACGAGUGGAAGAUCUUUCGCUUUCCCAAUAUUGCAGUCGGAAUGGAACAGUAGUCCUGUAAGAAUGGCAAAAGCUGAUAAGAGAAGACAAAAAGGAUGGAGACACAUUCUUCUCUGCUGUAGAUUCUCUUAGUUAACCAGUCUAAAAGCUGUUCACUUUGAAGCACUGAGGAAGAAGAAGGAUUUAUGAAAUCUACAAUAUUUUUUCUAAAAAAAAGGGUGCUGCUUUUUAUUUUAAUACUGAAGUAAAUAUCUCUUUCUUUCUUUUUUUUGGGUGGUUUAUAGUUUAUGCCAUUGGUGUGUGAUUGGCAUUUUGGUAGUAUUAUUUUUGGUUAACAGUUAGGGCUUUUGAGUUUGGUAACAGAUGCAAAAUGGUCGGGUUAUGUAAACCGAUGAGUUUAUUAUAAGUUCUUUUU